AUGCCGUCGUCGUCGGAAGUUAAACCCUCGCCGCCGGUAAAUCUACAUUCCUCUCAGAAACAUUCAAGAGACAAAGCUCUCCGCAUUCUCUUAAACUCAUGGCGAUCCCAACAAAUUCUCCCCCAAAACAUCGCCAAAAAGCUCUGGAAAGGUCUUUUCUACUGCGUCUACCACUCCGACAACUCUCUCGUUCAAGCCGAUCUCAUUGACCGCAUCGCUUCACAUCUCUCAACAUUCCGUCAUCUUCCUCUCGCGCUGCAGUAUUUCUCCACUUUCUUCCUCACCAUGCGUCGCGAAUGGUCUGGUAUCGAUUCCCUUAGGUUAGACAAAUUCUAUCUCCUUAUUCGUAGGUUUAUAUCGAGCUUUUUGUAUUUACUGUAUAAGAAUUCGUGGAAUUUGGAUUUGGUUAAUCUUUUUGUGAAUUGUUUGGAUAAGUCUACUUUUUCUGCGAAAGAUAGGUUUGUUCAGGGAAACGGUGUUAAUUAUCAUGUUGCUUCUGUUUUUCUUCAAGAGGUUAAGCCUUUUCUUCCGGUUAAGUUGAGUGUUUUAGAAGCGCUUUUUAGACCGUUUUUCUCUGCUGUGGCUAAAUUACGUGAUAAGGUUUUGUUAGGGAAGAUUAAGAGUGGUUUUUUUAAUGUGUUGUUGAUGAACGGGAGGAGGUUGUUGGAGGUUAAGAAAGGCGGAGAGGAAAGUGGUGGUGAUGGCGACGUUAUGAAUUUGGGAACUAUAGCUUUGGUUAUGGGUUUUUCUUCAAAGUUAUUUGAGUUGGCUUCUGCUCCUGAUUGUGUUCAGGGGAAUAGAAAGGUUUUGUUUGAAUUGCACCGUGAGUUCUUGAAGAUGGAGAAGGAUGUUGUUGAGUCUGGGUUUGAUUUUUCCGUUCCUGAUUCUGUUGAUCGGGUAGUGCUGGAUUUGGUGUCCGUUGUAGAAGUUGAUGGUUUAGGCAAGAAGGAUUCUUUUGAUAAAGUGAAAGAGCCAAAGAAGAAGAAGAGGAAGAUUAAGAAGAGUGAUGCAUCUGAUUUUAAUUGUGAGAUGAAGUUUGCUGAGAAUGAUGGUAAGAACGUUGUUAGUGAAAAUGGUGGAAAUUCAAAUGAUGAACGAGGUGUUGAUGGUGAAGGUAGUGUGGUUUUUAAUGAGAGUGUGAUUUCAAACCUCCAAAAGAAGUUUGAGAAGAUUGUUGCAGAAGCAAGUUUGGGUGAUGGUGUUGCUACUGGGGUUGUAUCUAAGAAGAGAAAGAGAACAGAGAUCUCUAAAGGAGAGACAUCUCAGGAUUUUGUUUUGAACAGUGUAGAUGCGAAAGAUGACACUUCAGUAGCAAAGAGCGGGGAGAAAAGUUUUAAGAAAGUACAAUUUUCCUUGGAAAGUAACUUGGUCUGGAAGCAACACACUCCUUUACCUCCUCAGAGCUUGAGAAUUCCCCCCUCCGCUACACCGAGAGGAAGUGCACUAAAAAAGGGUUUACCCCCGGGCCCCAUCAGGGAAACGCCUCUCCCGACCAAAAAGGAAAAACAGAAGAAGUCCAGGAAGACCAAAAAACGCUUGAAGAAAUUAGUGGAUUUCGCUAAAGCUUUUAUGGGAUGA